UUAACUGCCUCUCUCUCGUAAGACAAAUGUCAACAAACAGCAGUUUCUGACUUGAAUUGCGUGUGUAUAUUUUUUGUUUUAAUUUUUGAAAUUAGCUAAAUAUAAUUCUAUAACUUAUGAAAUUUUUAUGUUUUUCUAGUGCUCUUUAAUAUCCUUAAAUUUGUUAUUGAUUUGACAUGAGCUUCUUUCAAAGCAUUAAUUAUUUUUAUGGGCUUUGAUCAUUGAUCUACCACUGAUUUGAUAACUUUCGUAUAUAGCAAUUUUCUGAAAAGAAUGAGAUUUUACAAUGAGUGAACCAUCCAAUUUACAUAGAUUAGAAGGGAGUAGCAAUGAAGUUGGUGGACUGUUUGUAAAGAAGAAAUCAAGUGAUGAUGAACUGUUCAAGGUUCCUGCUCCAAGAAAACUGAAAUCCUUGUUAGGGCUUGAUGUUCUUGCUGAACAGCGUCGAAAAGAAAGAGAAUCCUCCCAAGAAAGAGAAAAAUCAGUUGUUGAUGUAAAAAAUAGGGAUGUAGAAAAUAGACAUGAUCAUCACAAGAGAAAAUAUAGGUCAUCAAAUGAAGAAACUCCUACAUACACUGGAGGAGUGAACGAUGAAUACUUUAAGCGUAUGCACUCUCGGCAGAAACGAGAUAAAGAAAGAGGAUUGUAUAUUUCUUCAAAACAUGAAAGACAUAAAAAGAACAAAGAGCGUCGUUCUAGCUCCGAACGUAAACGCUUCCAUGAAAAAUCUGGUAGGGACAGUAAGAGAUCUUAUCACAGUGGAUCUUCUAGAAGAGAAGAUGAAUCUCCAUAUCGUGAUGAACCACCAUCUCCUAGAAUUCAUCCCAGAGAUUCACCUUCUAGAUCUGGAUGGGAUGAAGAUGAUACACCUAUUCACAAAUCUUCAUGGGACAUGCCAUCACCAAGGAGGUCACCAGAUAGGAAAAGUGAACGUAGCUAUCGUAGUAGCAAAACACCAUAUGAUUCUCCAAAUCCAACUCCUGCUUACAAAUAUAAUGAAUGGAUGUAUGACAGGAAACGUUCUGGAGCAACACCUCGGACAUCUGAGAGAAACGAAAAUCUUCCCUGGUCAACUGAAGAUGAGAAACAAGAUUGGGAAGAGGAGAAUAAAAGAAUUGAUAGAGAGUGGUAUAGUCUUGAUGAAGGAUAUGAUGAAAAUCAAAAUCCAUUCGCUGGUAUGUCUGCCGAAUACACAAAAAAGAAAGAAGAAGCUUUAGAGCAGAAGAAAAAGAAACGAAUGUCAGCACAGCAAAGACAAAUCCACAAAGAUAAUGAAAAGUGGGAAACAAAUAGAAUGUUAACUAGUGGUGUAGUUCAAAAACUUGAUUAUGAUGAAGAUUUUGAAGAGGAUAAUGAAGCACGUGUUCAUCUACUGGUACAAAAUGUAGUGCCACCUUUUUUGGAUGGCAGAAUUGUUUUUACGAAACAACCUGAACCAAUUGUACCUGUUAAAGAUCCCACUUCUGAUAUGGCUAUUAUAGCUCGUAAAGGUUGUCUUGCUGUUCGAACUUUCAGAGAGCAAAAAGAAAGGAAAAAAGCCCAAAAGAAAGAAUGGGAAUUGGCAGGAACUAGACUAGGUGAUAUAAUGGGUAUAAAAAAGGUUGAUGAAACAGAUGAAAAAAAUGUAGAGGAUAAUACUAAUUAUAAAGAAGACCAUAAAUUUGCUGAACACAUGAAAAAUAAGUCAGAAGCUACAAGCGACUUUGCACGUAAGAAAUCUAUUUUACAACAACGACAGUUUUUGCCAGCCUUUGCUGUUCGACAAGAAUUGCUAAAUGUUAUUCGUGACAAUAGUGUUAUAAUUAUAGUUGGUGAAACUGGAUCCGGAAAAACAACACAGCUAACUCAGUAUUUACAUGAGGAUGGUUAUAGUAAAUAUGGUAUGAUUGGUUGCACACAGCCUCGAAGAGUUGCAGCUAUGUCAGUUGCUAAACGUGUGUCAGAUGAAAUGCAUGUUCAGCUAGGAGAAGAAGUAGGUUAUGCCAUACGAUUUGAAGAUUGCACGAGUGAAAAAACUAUUAUAAAAUAUAUGACAGAUGGUAUUCUUUUAAGAGAAUCUCUGAGAGAAUCAGAUUUGGAUAAUUAUAGUGCAAUUAUUAUGGAUGAAGCUCAUGAACGUUCCCUAAAUACUGAUGUUUUAUUUGGUUUGCUGAGGGAAAUAGUUGCCCAUCGUCAAGAUCUUAAGUUAAUUGUAACAUCAGCCACUAUGGAUGCAACAAAAUUUUCAAAUUUCUUCGGGAAUGUCCCUACUUUCACUAUACCUGGACGAACUUUCCCUGUUGAACUUUUUUUUAGUAAAAAUCCUGUUGAAGAUUAUGUUAAUGCUGCUGUUAAUCAAGUGUUGCAAAUACAUUUGCAGCCAACAUUUGGUGAUAUAUUAGUGUUCAUGCCAGGCCAGGAGGAUAUUGAAGUGACAUGUGAGUUGGUUGCUGAAAGAUUGGGUGCAAUUGAAAAUGCUCCCCAAUUGGCUAUCUUACCAAUAUACUCUCAGUUACCUAGUGAUUUACAAGCCAAGAUUUUUCAGAAAGCUCCAGAUGGUGUGCGUAAAUGUGUUGUUGCCACUAAUAUUGCUGAAACUUCUUUGACCGUAGAUGGUAUUAUGUUUGUUGUUGACAGUGGAUAUUGCAAACUCAAAGUUUAUAAUCCCAGGAUUGGUAUGGAUGCUCUUCAGAUAUAUCCAAUUAGUCAAGCAAAUGCAAACCAAAGAUCAGGCAGAGCAGGGCGUACAGGUCCUGGUAAUUGCUUUCGCUUGUAUACAGAGUCACAAUAUAAAAAUGAGUUGCUAGUUACAACUGUUCCUGAAAUUCAAAGAACUAAUCUAGCUAAUGUAGUACUUUUACUUAAAUCUCUUGGUGUUCAAGACCUGUUGCAGUUUCAUUUUAUGGACCCUCCCCCUCAAGACAACAUGUUAAAUUCUAUGUACCAGCUUUGGAUUCUUGGCGCUUUAGAUAAUAUAGGAAGUUUAACUUCUCUGGGCAGAAGUAUGAUUGAAUUUCCUUUAGAUCCUCCUCUUUCUAAAAUGUUGAUUGUAUCUUGUGAUAUGCAGUGCAGCUCUGAAAUUCUAAUUAUUGUCUCAAUGCUAUCAGUUCCAGCAAUAUUCUACAGACCAAAAGGUCGUGAAGAAGAAAGUGAUCUGGCUCGAGAGAAAUUUCAAGUUCCAGAAAGUGAUCAUCUUACAUUUCUGAAUGUGUAUAUUCAAUGGAAACAACACAACUUUUCAUCUUCUUGGUGUAAUGAACAUUUCAUCCAUGUAAAGGCGAUGCGCAAAGUUCGGGAAGUCCGACAACAGUUGAAAGAAAUUAUGGUACAGCAAAAAUUGCCCAUUGUUUCUUGUGGUAACGAAUGGGAUGUUGUAAGAAAGUGUAUUUGUUCUGCCUAUUUCCAUCAAGCUGCUAGACUAAAAGGUAUUGGUGAAUAUGUGAACUGCCGAACAGGUAUGCCCUGUCAUUUACAUCCGACCAGUGCACUUUUUGGUAUGGGUUUUACCCCGGAUUAUAUUGUUUAUCAUGAACUUGUUAUGACAAGUAAAGAAUAUAUGCAAUGUGUUACUUCAGUAGAUGGUCAUUGGCUUGCUGAGUUAGGACCUAUGUUUUACAGUAUCAAAGAAUCAUCAUUGUCAAGAAUUCAAAAUCGCAAACUUGCUAAAAUGAGUCAGACUCAGAUGGAAGAGGAAAUGAUACUUGCUGAAAGGGAAAUUAAGGAUAAGAAAAGGCGAGAGGAAGAAAUAAUAGAGUCUGCUCGAAAAAGAAAACAAAUUUCAACUCCUGGCCGUAAUGAUUCAUCAACUCCUAGACGAAGACCAGAACGAUUUGGAUUAUAGAAGAAUUAAAA